AUGGCAGCUGCUCCAGAUGCUCCCUGCCUGUCGGAGCUCGGCGGACUCCCCAACAGGAACAUCAGCCUCGUCUCCGGCGCCCGACUCUGCAACCGGAGCACCGUCAGGUCCUCGCCCUACACGCCUCAAGCUACCGCUGCCUUCGCCAUCGCCAUCACGUCCAUGAUGCUCCUGACCAUCGUCGGGAACAUCCUGGUCAUCAUCGCCGUCCUGACGUCUCGCUCCCUGAAGGGGGCUCAGAACCUCUUCCUAGUGUCACUGGCAGCUGCCGACAUUUUGGUCGCCACGCUCAUCAUUCCCUUCUCGCUGGCAAACGAGCUGCAGGGCUACUGGGCGUUCAGCUCCAUCUGGUGUGAGAUAUACCUGGCGCUGGACGUCCUCUUCUGCACCUCCUCCAUAGUCCACCUGUGCGCGAUAGCACUGGACCGCUACCUGUCAAUCUCACGGCCUGUGUCCUACGGCGCCAAACGUACCCCGCUACGCAUCAAGGCGGCCAUUAUCGUUGUGUGGCUGAUCUCUGCUGUCAUCUCCUUCCCACCUCUUCUCACACUGGACAAGAGCGAAGGAGGCGAAGAGGUUUGCGAGCUAAACAACGAGCGCUGGUACAUCCUCUACUCCACCAUCGGCUCAUUCUUCGCCCCCUGUGUGAUCAUGAUUCUGGUGUACAUUAGGAUUUAUCAGAUCGCCAAGCAGCACACCCGCUGUCCACCUGGACAGAAGCAUAAAGCUGCAGCAGCAGGAGGAAACGCCGGUGAACCUUCUCCAAAGUUAUCGGAGCAGUCACAACAGAACGGGGAUCAGCGAAGCACCAGCCAACGGGAGAAAACAGACGCUACAAUGUCCGGAUCGGAUUCCAACCCGCCAUCACUUCAACACCCAAUUGAAGACACAGCUGAGCGCCAUCCUGAUACAGUCCAAAGAAUUCCCCCAAAGCAUGAAGAUCAAGGCAGGGAAGCACUCCCCGACAACACCUCCAGCUUCGGCUCUGAUGCCGAAUUAGAAAUCGAUGAGGAAGGCAUUCCAACAGGAGAAAAAUCAAAGAAGCCGAAGGAACAAACGUUUGAAACAUCCAAAAACAAAAGCUUCAAAGUUCAGGCACUGAAACUGGCCUGCAGGUACAAAAACACCAUGGCGACAUCAACCGGCACCAAACUGGUAGCCGAGGACACGCCCAAGAUGCAGGGGACGCCCACAUCCCGCCGCAAGGCCAUGGCAAACCGGGAGAAGAGGUUCACCUUUGUCCUGGCUGUUGUGAUGGGAGUGUUUGUGAUCUGCUGGUUCCCCUUCUUCUUAUCUUACUCCCUUCAGGCGGUGUGCCCAGACACUUGCAGCAUCCCCAACCCUUUGUUUAAGUUCUUCUUCUGGAUCGGCUACUGCAACUCAUGCCUCAAUCCGGUCAUAUACACUAUCUUCAACAAGGACUUCAGGAGGGCCUUCAAGAAGAUACUGAGCAGGGACACAAAAGGUACAUUCUUCUAG